AUGGAAGGCCAUCUGCAAAAGUCUCCCAACCUAAGGCAUCCUGCUUUUUAUUCUGAUAAGAAGUAUGUUUCUGGGCUCAGUACCUUUAUGGUUGCUAUGAUACAGGAAACCAAAGAUAAGAUGCAGGAAACCAAAGUUAGUAUACAGGAAACUGAUGAUAGAAUAUCUCAGAUAGAAUACAUCUUCUGUAGUCAACUGUUUCCCAAGUUUCAACUGGAUACUCAUAGUCUUGAGAUGAAAUAUUCGGAAGCGAGGGAAGCUGCAGAAGAUGCAUACAUAGAAAAGGAAAAAGGCCUGCUACUCCAGAUUGAGAAGCUUCAGAAAGAAAAUCAAAUGAAAUCCUCUUUGAUUCUGCAGAAAGAAGAUAAAUUGAAUGAGUAUGAAGAGGAAACAGAUAAACUCAACCGUAAACUUGAAGAAAAGGAGAGUAGAAGUAAUGAGCUGCUGUUGGAACUCAGAGAGAAGACCGAAGAAGUUGAAAAGGGGAAGGAAUUGCAAGGAAAUUUGCUUAGGAAGGUUGAAACUCUAGCUGCAGAAAUAAUGGAUAAUGAACAAGUAUUUAAUAACAAAGAGAAGGAGAAUAGGCUUCUUGCAUCAAAAGUAACGUGCUUGGUUAAUCGUGCUGAUGAACUGCAAAAGGAACUUGGAAUAAAGACUGCUGAACUCGAUAAGGUUAGAAAAGUGCAAGAUCAGUUACUCCGGCAAAAUGAUUCUUCUAAUCUUGAAAUAGUCGAGAGAGGGCAACCGUUGGAAGGGCUUCAGAUGAAGAAAAAAAGGCUUCUGGAUAAACAGAGAGGCUUAGAAGGCAGGGUUGAUAAGCUUCAGCAUUGUCUCUCCAAGAGAACAAUGGAGACUUCUGAAGGGAUGGAGCUGCAUGCGAAGUUUUUGCAACAGGUUGAAGCAAGAGAUUCUGAAAAGCGUUCUGAAAAGAGGAAAAUGGGAGAUGCUACUGUUUCCCGUAAGAAUCUGAAGUCUCGGAACAGUUGUCUCCACAAAAAAUUCAACAUUAGUGAAGAAACUAUGCCUCCUCUUGAAGGUGAAAAUGAAGUAAUGAGACACAAUAAGAUGGCAGUGCCAUCAUAUGAUAUUGACAAACAUAUUUUAAAAGAUUCUGAUUCCACCUCUGAUAUUAUGAAACCAGUGGGUGAGCAAGAAGUGUUAGAGGACAAAAAGGAGGCUGUACUGGUUCAGAGGACCGGUCCUGCCUCGCUUACAAAGCACCCGAGUAGUUCAAAACCCUGUCCUUCAGCUGGUAUGAAACGCCCGCAUUCUCAUUGGAGGAACACAAGGUCCCAUCAGAGCCGUGUGGGACCUGAUCCGCAUGACGAUUUCCUCGAUACGCCUCUGAAGAAUGUUAGAGAUAAUUUACGGAAGGCGGUGAAGGUGGUUUGUCCAGAUUCUACUAAAUCCAGUGUGGUUAUUGAUGACUCUGAUGAUCAAACACAGGACGUUAAAGCUGAUGCUAAGUCAAAUAAGGCUGUAACAUCAGGUUUUAAGUACGUAGAACCAGUACGAAAGAAAUCUGACCGCGAAAACCUGAAAGGUUUUGAAUGCAAACAGUGCAAGAAAUUCUAUGAUGCUGUUCUUCCUGGUGCUGGUGAAACCCCCAGGCGCUGUGAACAUCACGAAGGGGUAUCUAGGCAUCGAUACAGGUACGCUCCUCCUUCGACUCCUGAAGGAUUUUGGAAUAUUGGAUUUGAUUCGGAAAUGUAGAUUAUUGAGUUUAAUCAUAUAUUCAAUUGACAUACAGUAUGAAUAACAAGUAGGGAGUUGGGAGUAGCUUAAUGU